UGACGAUGUGGAGCCGUGUCUUCUUCAAUGAAUGUUAAUUAAAAACAGCAACUAUAUGUGAUUCAAAUUUGACCAACAAAGUCUCCCCAACAAAUAGUUGCUUAUAAAAUAUUAAAAUUUAUGCCAUUAGCCAUCGCCAACGAAGCAACGAACCAUCCGACCAUUUUGGCAAAGCAGCAUAUAAGAGCAAGAAAAACAGAAGCAGCCUACACAAUUGAAUUGAUCAUCACUAAUAUUUUUCAUUAUCGAAAUAUAUUAAGAUAUACAUACCAUAUUCAUCCUUUUCAUUAGUUUCAGAAUCAGUUAACUUGCCAAGAGAAACAGAGAUGACAAGGGGUAUACUAGAAGUGUUGCUUGUGGAUGCUUGUUUACUCAAAGACACCGAUCUCGUUGGUAAAAUGGAUCCGUAUUUGGUAAUUGAGUUUGGUGAUCAGAAGCGUAAGAGCGCUGUCUCCCGAACAGGACAAGGAAAAACACCAGUGUGGAACGAAAAGCUCAAAUUUAAUGUGGAGUAUGCUGGUAAUAUCAGAGAUGAACAUCCUCAAUAUAAACUCAGUUUCAAGAUCAUGGAUAAAGAUAGGUUCAGCAAGGAUGAUUUUGUCGGCGAAUUGACGAUCUAUGUUGACGAUCUUUUGGCACAAGGAAUGGUGAAUGGAAAAGCUGAAAUACCCCCUUGCAACUACAGCGUUGUUGGCUCUAACCAAUCCGACAACGGAGGGAUUCGAGUCGGCCUAGCGUUUACCCCUAAUCAGGUAGAUGAAUAUGGAAACGAGGAGGAUAAAUCUGAGGAAAAGAAACACCGCUUUCACCUACAUCAUAAGAAUGAAGGGAAGAAAAAAUCCGGUGGAUGGAAAAAUGCCUUCAAACACCAUAAUAAGAAUGAUGGUGAGGCGGAGGAGGAGGCGGAAGGGGAGGGAGCGGAAUCGGAGUCAGUUUCAGAGUCGGAUCAGGAGGAGGAGGCUGAAGAGGCAGGAGAGGAAGGGGAGGAGGAGGGGAACGUGUUUGAAAAGCUUGGAGCUUUAUUAGAAUCUCUGGGUGGCUUAUGAAUGGUUUAGUUCUUUAUUAAUUUUCUAUUCCGCUAGUCCACCGGAAGAUUAGGCAGGGUGACCCUAUGUCAUCCUAUAUCUUCAUAAUUUGUAUGGAAGUCUUAUCUAAGCUUCUAUUUCAUGCCGAAAGUACUGGCAAGAUUACUGGUAUAAAAGUUACUAAAAACUGUCUGUUUCUCAUUUA